CACGAUUUGUUAUUGACAAGCUGCUCCAGCUGGCAAUGGGCGCGUCGGCGAUUCCCGUGAUUUUGAUGACCCUCUUUUGGGGCCUGGUGGGCGUGGUGCUGCCCGUCGUGCUACCCAAAGGACCCAACAGGAGUUUGAUGCAGUCCAUUCUCAUAACGACUGCUUCUUCUUGUUGGUUAUUUUGGCUGUGUUGCUACAUGCACCAGAUGAACCCUCUCAUUGGUCCUGCCCUCCACAACACCACCAUCAUAGCCAUCAACAAAUUGUGGGAUGGGCCCUAGGUUGAGAAACCAAACCAGGACAGCUUUACACCAAGUGAGGUGAUCCAUCUGACAGUCAGGUGGACUGGCGGUGUUAUGUCCGGCCAAGAAUCCAUUCCAGUGGAGGAGUAGAGCAAGAAUACUUCAAGAGUCCUUUGUUACUGUAUCUUUCCCCCUUCUCCUCUCCUCUCGAUCACUCUCCUUUUUUUUCUCUCCGCCUUUACUUUUUUUCUCUCUCUUUUUUUUUACACAAUGAGUAUUAAACGGAAUUAAGACCGCUUUCAGUUCCUUUUCAUUUGGAGACUAGAUUCUCUAACCAGUCUUUGAUUUUUUUUACAAGCAGUUAUUCUCAACUUUCUCCCUUUGUUUGAUGUCAUAGAAAUGGACCUAUUGGCAGUAAUAGUGUAAUGGGAAAAAUCAAUAAGAGUAUGUAUUAAGAAUGACUGUAUCAGAAGUAUAUAUAUACAUAUAUAUAUAAGUUAAGGUCUGAUUGUCAUCAGUAGACAUUUUUGUUGUUGUUUAUAAUGCAUAAGCAAAUAGUUUAUACCAUUAAGAUAUUUUUAAUCUUGAAAGUUGCAACUUAUUACAAAAAAUGCAGCUUUUUAUAACACAGAAAUGAACAGAAGUUAUAGAAAUUGGUAGAAAAUAAAUCCUAGACUCAAAAAUGUAAAAAGAAACCACUUCUAGUGUUUGGUGGUGUGGAUGUCAUUUUGUUUCUCUAAUAUUUUAACCCACUUGUCUCACUCCGUAGUUAUCUCUGCACCAGAAUAAUGUAAGAAAUAAAAGGCUUUAAUGCAGGGGAGCAUCAUACCUAAAAAUGCUUAAAAAAACAACAGCUAAAGGCGCACAUUUGAAUUUCAGUGUUAUGUGGACAGAUUAGAGUUGUAUGAGAGAGUCUUGAUUGAAUCCAAAUGAUAUUGAAAAAGAAGUCCUAACAUACUUUUUUCCUUCUUUUCAAAAGGGCAAAAAUUUUAGGGUCUUGUGACAGCAGAAGCUUGCAUGGGUCAGAUAAGUGGGUUUGGGAUAUAAAGGGAGUUAGUAUACAUCGUAUAGUAAUGCAUUGGACAAUUUUAAUGUGUGGAUUUUAUCAUAUUUACUAACCUAAUAUAUAUAUGUAGUAUCUUAAAGGUUAAGUGGCAUACUCUUGGCUGGGUGUAGUUUAGGAUUGGUGGAAAGAAAUACAUGGUUUGUGAACUAAUGUAAAUAAUUUCAGUGUAUCGUUUUAUUGGAGGGGAGGUCAGUCUGUGAGAUGCCUCAGACCAGCAAAACCUACACUGCAACUAAUCUUGGUUCACAAACACGGUCAGUUUCUUCACCAAUUGAACUCUAAUUUCUAAGUGCAUCCACAAGAUUCUGAGCCACGGAUGAACCCCACCUACCUCAUCCAUAAAGCCACCUUUGGUGUCCCUUCAGCUUGGCCAAGGUCAUGGGCACCGUUAGAAAUAGCCCGGUCUCAAACAGUGAAUUAAAAUACACGUGCAUAAACCAACCUCGGUAAGAGAAACCAGAAUUCAAACUCUCACUUUACUGGAGAGAGGAACAGCACUCCGUGGGAGGGUGCUCCAUGGGAGGUCUCUCCCUUGGGGCUGUUCCCAUCAGGCCAGUGUGACACUCUUCCUGGCAGUAAAUCUGUAUUUCGAUUCUGGUUUGCAUUUACCGAAAGAAAUAUAUCAUUCAAUGACCUAAAUGCAACAUUUAUUUAAGAUAAUUGCUGUCUAGAUGAGGGGUGUAUUGUUGAAUUUAGGCUUUUUUAUACUUUACUUCUGCUGAACUUUUUUUUUCUGUAGAUAUUGUCAGUUUGUUUAUAGAUAUCAAUAUGGCUUACUUAAUCAAUGUUCGAAGUGUAUAUUUUUCUGUUCAUAUAUAAAUUUCAAUAUUUUCAAAAUAGGAACAAAUUUUAACAUUCCACAAAGGGAGGAAUAAAUAUAUUUGCUUUCUCAGUCUCUUUAAGUACUGUGUGCACUAUUUCUGUUAUGUAUUAUUAUUUAAUGUAUGUCAUAGUAAGACUGUAUCAUUGCUUGUAUUAAGUAAUUACUGAAUGUAUGAUGUGGCUUUAGCAAUAUGUAUUGUCCUCUGUGGAUGUUGUACAGUGGUUGUAAGGAGUAUUGAGGAUAGUGUGCAAAUAUAACCUUCUAGUCCAUUA